AUGUCUGCUGAAAGUCUUGAGCCAUCAGGAACACCACCUCCUCACCCUUCCACAACUUUCCACCACGACACGCAGACCUUCUCCUCGAAGGAAGAAGGUCCUCAGGGAGAUGACCAGAGUUUACCAGAAGGUCUUUUACUUCCUGAAGAGGAUGAGACUCCAGAGAAAGACCAGUACCUGGAGGAGGAGGCAAAUUACCUGAAAGGAGACAAUUAUCAGUUUGAACAGGAUUAUCCGUAUGAACAGGAUUAUUGGGGCCAUAAGGAUCUGCCGAAGAAAGAGCUCCUGGAAGGGAAAAUGUUUCUGUAUAAGAAGUUUCUGGAAGCAGCCACAGAGUUUGAUAACAAAGAGAGCUUUUGGGAUCGUGUAUUAAAAGACCCCAUCGGCACACUGGAAGGUGAUGAGGUCUUCGAGGAUGAAGAUUCGACCACCUCCUAUCAGUCGGUGUUCAGGACCGUGCUCAAAGAAAUGGCUGUUCGCGACGAACUGGAGGAGGAUAUUACCAUUCCUCUGACUGGUCAUCUGGAGGGUGAAACCAGAAGGAAACUGGGAAUUCUGUUGAAGAAAAAUUUUGAAAAAUACAAGGAGACGAUCCUCUGGAUUAUGAGGAAACGUGAAAAUGAGGCGGAGGAGGUGGAGCCAGAGAAAGAAGUCAAAAAAGCUCGUCGUGUUGUUCGCCGUACGAAGACGUUAGAACUAGAUACAGACUGGAUCAACAGCAAGAUUAAGGUACUUCAAGGUGAUGGAAAAAUAACUUUCUACCCCGAUGAGAUUAUCUUCCAAAUUCUCUUUCCUGAUGGAUCAGGCCAGAUAUAUUACCCAUCAGGACACCUGGCUAUGCUCAUCCUCAGUAUAAAAGGGGGCAAGUUCACGUACAUCAUUCUGGAAGACAGUGCAAAAACGUGCAUCCGGGCCCUUAUCAACAACUCUGGCCAUGCCACCUUCCAUGAUGAAAAUGGAGACAUCUGGUUGAGCCUGAGCCAAAAUCUGGGCUACUACUUCGCCAAAGAUGAAUGCCAGAAGGCCUGGAACUGGUGGGAUCUCAGCCUCCACGUGCACGCGCCCCCCAUCCAGCCCAUCUCCCUGAAAAUCAACCAGUACGUCGAGGUGCAAAUCAGGAGCCAGGACAAAAUCAUCUUCCACUUCACCCACCACGAGAAGCACAUUUGCUUAAACCUGGGCACCAAGUACAAGUACAUUACCCUGGAGGUGCUGAGCGAAAUGAAAAAGAAAUCAGUCCUGGAGAUGGAAGUCAGUCCCACGGCUCAGAAGAUCCAGAUCCUUCUGGGGAAAAUGAGUAGGCUCCUGAGGCUACUGACCAUCCCCGACUUGGAAAGCUUCACAUGUGUCUUAGCCAACUACAUCUGCAACGAGUUGGUUCACAGACACUUGCUGCUUGGAUAG